AGCCUCCCGACUCGAGGGGGCUGUAGGCCCCGCCCCUCCUUCCCUCCAAAGGCCGGCCUCUCCGGCUUGCAAAAUCCUCCGGCUCCCAGUGCAAAGAUCCACGCCAAAGGCGGACUCCCAAGAUGGGCAAAGCGGAGCUGGCAAUGACACCGCUACAGCAGUGGGGUGAUGAGGUGGAAGAUGGAGCUAUAUACAGCAUCAUCCUUCAGCGAGUGAAAUCAGAACCUGCAGCCAACAGACCUUGUCAGCUGGAUGACCCCAGUCCGCCAGAGUGUCCCUUUGUACAGUACCGGACUUGCAAGAGACGCGUGUUGAGGGCUGCCACGCUCCCGAGGCUGCUGAAGUGGCUGGUGUCUGCCAAUGUGGAGGGCGACGAUGACUGCGUAGCCAGCUUCCUGGCCACUUACAAGACUUUUGCCACCCCUACCCAAGUGCUAGACCUGCUGCUGCCCCUGGGACCAGAUAAUGGAGUGAUACAGAUCUUGGAGCUCUGGCUACAGGAUUACCCUGAGGAUUUCUGGGAUCCCCCUGAACACUUCAACUUGAAACAAAUAUUGCAUUUUCUGCACCACUCUGCGCCAGCCUCUGCAGUAUGUGCUCUGGCUGAAGAACUGCUGCAAACCCAACAGGAAAAGAGGAAGGAGGAGAACAUGAGAAGACCAACAACAGGAGCUGAGACUGAUGAAGAGCCCCCAGAAAUGAGACUACCACAGGUGACUGAAGAAGCAGUUGGAUCAGCGAGAUGUGAAGGCAUGCCAACCUUGCUGUCCUUUUCCGUGGAUGAAGUGGCUGAGCAGCUAACUCUGAUGGAUGCUGACCUCUUUAGAGCAGUAAGGCUCUUCCACUGCCUGGGCUGCGUCUGGUCCCAGCGAGACAAGAAGGAAAAUCAGCACAUAGCUCCCAGUGUCCGUGCUACUGUGGCCCAGUUCAAUGCCGUCACCAACUGUGUUAUUGCAUCUGUGCUCGGAGACCUGGCAUUGCGAAUUCCCCAGCGUGCGCACCUAUUAGAGAAAUGGAUCAGUAUCGCCCAGCGGUGCCGGGCCCUCCGCAACUUCUCCUCACUCCAUGCCAUCUUGUCUGCUCUGCAGUCCAACUCCAUCUACCGGCUGAAGCGUACCUGGGCUGCUGUCCACAGAGACUCUCGGGGAGCCUUCCGAAAGCUCUCACAGAUCUUUUCUGAAGAUGAUAAUCACAUGAACUGCCGAGAGAUCCUGCUUCAGGAAUGUGGGACUCAGGGCUCGUGUGAUGGACAUCGCAGUCCUCAAAUGUCUACGCAAGCAUCUCUGAAGCUGAAACCUCCAAACAAGCCAAUGGUUCCCACCAUCCCAUACUUGGGCACCUUUUUAACUGAUCUCAUCAUGCUGGACACAGCACUGCCAGAUUUUGUGGAGGGCAACCUCAUCAACUUUGAGAAAAGACGCAAGGAAGCUACAAUCCUCUUCUUGAUCCGUCAGCUGCAGGAGUCAUGCCAAGGGUACAGCCUCCAUCCAAACCCCUCCUUGUGCAAGGCUUUCCAUCAGCACCUACAUCUUUCAGAGGAACAGAGUUACCGGAUUUCCCGUAUGAUCGAGCCACCGGCUGAUUCUUGUCCCAACUCUCCAAAGCUGCAUCGCAGCCUGACCAAGCGCUUCAGCUCACUCCUCCUGGGCGCAGAGUCUUCUCCCCCUCUUCCAAGCCCUGAGAAAACUGGAAUUUCACCUCUGAGCUCCUGCAGCAGCCCUGACUCUGGAGAUGUAUCCAGUGCUCCUUGCUCCCCAACUUGGGGAUCACCAACUAUCAAGAUUUUUCAUGAAUCUCAGACCAGAGCCUACCCGGUGUUUGAGGUGCCUUUGCCAUCUCCCACAUUGAAGCAGAGAGGGACAGAAGCACGCAUCAUCCGUGUCAGUAUGGACAAUGAGCAUGUGAAUGGCAACCUUUAUCGCAGCAUUGUGAUCACCAGCCAAGACAAGACCACAGCUGUGGUUCAGCGUGCCUUGCAGAAGCACAACCUAGAAGGAGACGCCCCAAGUGACUACCAACUCCUACAGCUUUUAGAAGAUGGCCAAGAACUGCUGAUUCCUGGUGGGGCCAACGCUUUCUACGCCAUGAACCCUACUGGCCCUCACGACUUCCUCCUGUGUCACAAGAAAGGAGCCACCAAAGCUCCAGUCUUAGGGGUUGCGCAGGCUAGUCACAAAACUGCCCCCCACAGUACACUUAUUCUCAAGGGCUGUGGCACCAAGACGCUCUCCAGCACUUCAUGCUCCACCUCUUCUUCCAGUGUCCCACACCUUGCAUCUCCUACCCCAGAAAGACGCUGCCCAUCACUCCUUGGUUUGGACCCAGAACUCAGGCCAAAUCUGGCACCCUCAUUUCCGUCUCCCCCCUCUUGGUCCUUGGGAAUCCAGCCUCCAGAAGCCCCCUUGGAAUCUCCACUUCCUUCUCCAACCCUCACUCAAUUAGAAACAAUGGGACCCUUCAGGUCAGCCCUGCCUAACAUAGUUCUACCCCCUUCACUGCAGAACCCAGAAGCCUCUGCUCCUCUGCCCCAGUCACCCCCUCACUAUUCCUUGGAGCCCUGCUUUUGGUCAGAGUCCACUAAACAGAAUGUUGUCCAUCACCUGUCAGCUCCUUAAUCUCUUAGUAGCCCAGGCAUGAUGUCCCAGGACAAGGAAGUAUGUCCCCAGGGAUGGAGUUGAUAUAUCUGCUAGAGAGAGAGAGAAAUUAUAUUUCAAAUAUAUAUUCAAAACAUAGUUGAAAAAUAUGUUUUUUGAGUGUAGGGAAACCUUGGUGAGAAAAACCUUGGAGAAUCUUUGUGGUUCAGGAUAUAUUAUGCUCAUGCAUCCCACAGGGGAGAGGCAAGGGGGAAAACCAAGUUCUUCCUAUCUUUUUCCCCCAAACUAAAAUGAUUACAGUCUCACUUAUCCAACAUUCUGGAUUAUCCAAACCAUUUCUGUAGUCAAUGUUUUCAAUACAUCGUGAUAUUUUGGUGCUAAAUUCGUAAAUACAGUAAUUACUACGUAGCAUUACUACAUAUUGAACUACCUUUUCUGUCAAAUUUGUUGUAUAACAUGAUGUUUUGGUGCUUAAUUUGUAAAAUGAUAACCUAAUUUGGUGUUUAAUAGGCUUCUCCUUAAUCUCUCCUUGUUAUCCAACAUAUUCGCUUAUCCAACAUUCUGCCAGCCUGUUUAUGUUGGAUAAGUGAGACUCUACUGUACUAUGUAGGUGUAAACAUACAAGAAAACAGCCUUAAAAGACAACCAGGCAUGAAUAUUAGAACAGUUUAAAACACCACAUUUAAAAUGGAAAAAGCAGUUAAAAAUAACACGGUUUAAAAUAAUAUAGCAAACUCAUAAAAACUCUUUUAUUAUAAACCUUGAGUUCUAAAAGUAUGUGCCUGUUGUUGGGCCGAUAGAAAAGAGGAAGCCAUGCUAUUUGUUGCUUACAUUGCACUAGAUGUUUUUGGCCUUCAACUCCCAGAAAUACUAACAGCUGGUAAACUGGCUGGAGUUUCUGGGAGUUGUAGGCCAAAAACAUCUGGGGACCCCUGGUUGAGAACCACUAAUGUAGUCCAAAAGACAGCACCAGCCACCAAGACUGCAAAGACUGAAAGAGCUACAGAGCAUUAGCGUGGUCUCAAAGAACAGGAAAGGAGCUGUUUUCAUGAACCUGUCAGCAGCUUAUGAUACAGUAAAUCAUUGCUUCCUCCUGAAAAAAAAGGAUAAUAUCACACCUCACCUGCUUCAUAGAAAAAACAGGAGUUGUUGAGUUCCAGGGUCAGAGAAGCAGAUGAUGAAAACAGAAGAACGGCCUGUUUCAGGGAAGCAUGCUUUCUCCAUCAAUAUUUAACAUUUAUAGAAGUGAUCAGCCACUGCCAGAAGGGACAGAGAGUUUCAUCUAUGCUGAUGAUCGUGCCAUCACCGCUCAAGCAGAGAGCUUUGAAAUGGUUGAACAGAAGCUCUCCAAAGCUUUAGAUGCUCUUACUGCCUACUAUAGGGAAAACCCAUUUUUAAUCCAUCUAAAAUGCAGACAUGUGCUUUUCAUCUUAAGAAUAGACAAGCAUCUUGAGCUCUGGGGAUUACCUGGGUAGGAAUCCCACUGGAGCAUUGCAGCACACCAAAAUACUGGAGCAUUGCAGCACACCAAAAUACUCUGGACUGUUCUCAGACUUAUAAAAAGCACUGCUUGAAUAUCACAACCAGACACAGUGAAGACAUCUGCUCUUGUGCUUUGCUACACUGCUGCUGAAUACGCAUGCCCAGUGUGGAAUGCAUCUCACCACACCCAAACAGUGGAUAUGGCUCUUAAUGAGAAAUGUCGCAUUAUCACAGGAUGUCUACACCCUACACCACUGGAUAAAUUAUACUGUUUAACCAGUAUUGCACCACCUGACAUCUGUCAGGAAGUAGCAUCCUGUAAUGAAAGGACGAAGGCAUUGACAUAUCUGGCCCAUCCCCUGUUUGGAUAUCAACCAGCAAGCCAACACCUUAAAUCAAGAAAUAGCUUCCUAAGAUCUACAGAGAUACUUGCAGAAACACUUCAGCAAACGAGAGUCCAAAAAUGGCAGGUUAAAACCUGGAACCUCAAUCAGUGGCUGAUACCAGAUGAGAAACUCCCUCCUGGGCACACAGAAGACUGGGCGACUUGGAAAAUACUGAACAGAUUGUGCUCUGGCACCAUGAGAUGCAGAGCUAACCUUAAGAAAUGGGGCUACAAAGUGGAGUCCACAAUACAUGAGUGUGGAGAAGAGCAAACCACAGAACACUUACUAUAAUGCAGUCUGAGGCCUGCCACAUACACAAUGGAGAACCUUCUUACAGCAACACCAGAGGCACUCCCAAGUGGCCAGCUUCUGGUCAAAGGAAAUUAAUAUAAUGCAAAGUUUUUAACAUUUAACAUUUCACUCCAGAAGUUGCUCCUGACACAAAAACAACAAGUCUUUAUCAGAGAUAGCAUGCACAUUAUUUUGCUGGUUGGUUGAUAAACAUGUAGUUGAUUGGGUUGCUGUGAGUUUUCCAGGCUGUCUGGCCAUGGUCCAGAAGCAUUUUCUGCUAACGUUUUGCCUACAUCUAUGGCAGGCAUCUUCAGAGGUAAAAUCUAGUCGUGUCCAGCUGGGGGUUGGUGUUCAUCUCCAUUUCUAAGCGGAAGAGCCAGCAUUGUCCAUAGACACUUUCAAGCUCAUGUGGCCGGCAUGUCUGCAUGGAGCUCCAUUACAUUCCCGCCAGAGCGGUACCUAUUGAUCUACUCACAUAUGCAUGUUUUCAAACUGCUAGGUUGGCAGAAGCUGGGGCUAACAGCAGGAGCUCACUCUGCUCCCCAGAUUUGAACCGGCAACCUUUUGGUCAGCAAGUUCAGCAGCUCAGCGCUUUAAUUCGCUGUGCCACCGGGGGCUCCAGAAUGAAUGAUAGCUCAACAAUUUAUGGCUAAAUAAUUUCUGGUUUUGAUGUUCCUUUUCUCAAGGAACUCCGUUCUGAGAUCAGAGGCAGUGUGUCCUGGUUAAUGAAGUCUUCUCACAGUUGUUGCUUUUUUUUAACCACUGAAAGAUCAUAUUUGUGUCCAUAUUUUCUUUUGGGUGGAGACUCUCUCUUUUUAUCAAAUGCAGUAGGACCUUACAGACAAUUGAUGGAAGGAUGAGUAUGUCUAUGAACCCUUGAUAUUAUGGAUAACAUUUAAUCCUGUAAUAGUGCCGUCAGAAUAAAUAUAGCAACCAGAGUUGAUAUCUGGGUUGUGUAUACCAGUCUGGCAACGUGAGGCAUUUUAUUGGUAUUGCAUCUGUCAAAGUUUUGUAAUAAUAAACAUUUUAGUCUAUGA